AGGGUUCAUUUCAAAUUUGCUUGAUCCAGAGCUAGAAAAAAUGUCAUCCCAUUGUGAUAUAAUAAACCUUCCAAUAGAGAUUCUGGAUAUGGUUUACAAGUACAUUCCGGAUAUGAGAGAUAAGCUCAAUCUGGCAAAAUCUCAUUGCGUUCUUGGAAAGGCAUUCGCCUUUCACGCCGGCAAUACUUUUAAGGAAAUCGUAAUUGAGAGACAAACAAUCGAGGAUUGGUCAGCUAUUUUGUCGCUGUGUGGAUCCUCUGUUACCAGCAUCACAGCUGAAGAUAUCAAGUAUACCGUGUCUGCGGCCAAGCUGGCCUUCAUGCACUGUCCCAACCUGGAAAAGUUUAGCUUUUCCGUUUGCAGCAGUUCCUGGAAUCAAAUCAAGUCGCUGUUUUUGACACUUCAAAAUCUGUCAGACAUAGAAAUUUGGAAUUAUGGUUCUGAAUAUCUUUCUGGUUCUGGUUAUGUUUGUGUGGUUGAUACGCUGCUGCUAAUGCCCAAGCUGAAACACUUUAAGUUAUCCGACAACUAUCCCGAUUUGGAAAGAUUUGGAGAACUUUUGAAUCUGACGAAAUUGGCUAUAGUGAACUCAAUAGAACCCAUUGAUUUCUUCAGAGUCAUCAGAUCACUAAAGAACAUUGAUAGCUUGGAGUUACAUUCAGCUGUUGUCCGUAUGCCUAAAGAUCUUGGUGACGAACAAUUGUUGCCGAAAAUUGAAUUACUUAAACUUAGUUAUGCGACCUUCCGCACGCCGCUGCCUUACCUGCCGAGUCUAAAACAUUUAACCGUUAGCUUCGGUUCCGACAAUACAAUCACCGAUGUUUUUGGAGAAUCGGUCUUCAGUUAUGGCAAGACCUUGGAGUCACUGGAUAUUUCUAGAAUUAUCGUUUCUUUCAUAAAAAAUGAUACAAUCGGGGUAAUAAUGAAUCUAAAGGCUCUUAAGAAACUCGACUUCCGUGUGGGUUACAAAGAUUGUUUGUAUGAUCUACGCCAAUUGGAGAACCUGGAGGUGUUAAACUUGCAUCUUUCAAAUAUAACUAAUCGAGGAGCCAUUAUGGUGAUAAAAGGAUGCAAAAAAUUGCGACAUCUUAACAUUCGCAAAUGCGACCAGGUUAACAGCGAUAUGGUCAAGGAAGCUGUAACUGCUUUACAGAAUUCCCCCCCUAGGUCGGAUAAGCCAUUUGUACUUAUAGUUGGUCCUGACUUCGGAAAGGUGGAUAAGAGCAAUCUGGGUGGAGUUUUGAAUAUUGAAUAUGCAUAAAUUAUUCAAAACAAAUAUAAACUAAAACAUUUCAAAAGAAAGAAGCUAA